UCCAUCAGCUUUUCCCCCUUAAAUCUCCAUCACCCAUCAGAGCUCUUCAUCUCCAAACCUUCCCCUUAUGCCCCAUUUCCUUCUCAUCCACUCCAAACUUCUAAUUCUAGGCUUCUUUCUUCUACCUGGCUGGUAAUCACCAACUCUUGUCAUGAUGGCAAAGAAUACGGACAGGAUCUGCUCCCUUGUUCUAAGGCUUCUGGCUUUUGGAGCCACCCUUUCGGCUGCCAUUGUCAUGGCUACUAGUCAUGAGAGGACUACCUACUUCUCCGUAUCGGUUGAAGCAAAGUACAGCCAUACCCCUGCCUUCAAGUAUUUCGUGAUUGCCAAUGCCAUAGGAAGCGCCUACAGCUUUCUCCUCCUGUUUCUUCCUUCCCACGGUUCGCUAUGGCCAUUAGUGAUCGCCUCCGAUGUGGUGAUCACCAUGUUUCUCACUUCAAGCAUAUCAGCGGCAUUGUCAAUUGCUUAUGUGGGAAAGAAAGGGAAUUCAUAUGCAGGAUGGCUGCCCAUCUGUGACCAAGUACCCAACUACUGCCACCAUGUAUCUGGAGCUCUAGCGGCUGGCUUCAUUGGGGUCGUACUUUAUAUGGUGCUUCUACAGUACUCCAUCUAUACAAAAUGUUGUAAAUCCUCUUCUUAGGCAAAAUGCUUAGUUUGCUUAAUUAGUUUCCCCAAUUCUAGGGACUCUGUAUCUCGGUUCUUCUUUUCUGAUCCAGUUAAGUUGGAACAGUCCUUAAAAAUUUUCAGCUCAGUUAUUAUUAUGGAGAAGGAUUUUCAAUUAUUUUGGUGUA